AAAAUGAUAAAAAGACAAAGCAAAUACUCCUCUAUACAUUACCAAUUGGAAGGUGUAGAGAGAAAGAUACACACACAGAUAGAGUAAUCAGUGAUGGCGAAUUGAUUGGGGCCGAUGAAUCAGAAAAUUCCCACAAUCACUUCCCACUCAAAUUCCUCAUAAUUUGAGCUUAAACCCAUUUCCCAUUAUCUUCUGAUUUUCGAGAUCUUGGUUACAAAUUACCACAAGAAGAAAAAAAGAUAUAUCUUGUCAGUGUUUGCUCUCUUUCUUGAUAAGAAAUGAAGCCAAGUGCUGGAAUGGUGGCUGGAUCCUACAACAGGAACGAGUUGGUUCAGAUUCGGCACGAUUCUGAUAGUCUGCCCAAGCCCUUGACACAUAUGGAUGGCCAAAUAUGCCAGAUAUGUGGAGAUACUGUUGGCAUUACAGCCAACGGUGAUGUUUUUGUUGCUUGCAAUGAGUGUGCCUUCCCCGUUUGCCGGCCUUGUUAUGAGUACGAGCGAAGAGAUGGAAAUCAAUGUUGUCCUCAAUGCAAGAGCAGAUAUAAGAGACUUAAAGGGAGUCCUCGAGUUGAGGGAGAUGAAGAAGAGGAUGGUGUUGAUGACCUGGAAAAUGAGUUCGAUUAUAACCAAGGAAAUAUCAAGGCAAGGCGCCAGUGGCAGGGGGAAGAGGCCGAUCUCUCUUCAUCUUCUAGACAUGAAUCUCAAGCAAUUCCCCGUCUUACUCAUGGACAGCCGUUAUCUGGUGAAUUUCCAAGUGCUACGCCUGACAACCAAUCUGUAAGGUCGACAUCGGGUCCUUUGGGCCCUGGCGAUAGACACAUUCACUCACUUCCUUAUAUUGAUCCAAGGCAACCAGUUCCUGUGAGAAUUGUGGACCCUUCAAAGGAUCUUAAUACGUAUGGCCUCGGAAAUGUUGAUUGGAAGGAAAGGGUAGAAGGUUGGAAACUAAAGCAGGAGAAAAAUGGUAUGCAAAUGACCAGCAAAUACACCGAUGCAAAGGGAGAUAUUGAAGGCACUGGGUCAAAUGGAGAAGAACUGCAACUGGCUGAUGCUCGACAACCUAUGAGCCGUAUUGUGCCUAUUCCUUCUAAUCAUCUCACUCCUUAUCGUGUUGUUAUCAUACUCCGGCUAAUUAUCUUGGGCUUCUUCAUGCAAUAUCGUGUUACUCAUCCAGUGCCGGAUGCAUAUCCAUUGUGGCUGAUCUCAGUUAUAUGCGAAAUUUGGUUUGCUUUAUCCUGGCUUCUGGAUCAGUUUCCAAAAUGGUCACCUAUUAAUCGUGAGACCUACCUGGAUCGGCUCGCAUUGAGACAUGACAGGGAUGGGGAGCCUUCGCAAUUAGCACCUAUUGAUGUAUUUGUUAGUACGGUGGAUCCACUGAAAGAGCCUCCCAUCGUUACAGCUAACACUGUCUUAUCCAUCCUUUCCGUGGAUUACCCAGUUGACAAAGUCUCUUGUUAUGUUUCUGAUGAUGGAUCGGCAAUGUUAACCUUUGAAUCUCUUUCUGAGACGGCAGAGUUUGCAAGGAAGUGGGUGCCAUUCUGCAAGAAACACCAUAUUGAGCCUAGGGCCCCUGAAUUUUAUUUUGCUCAAAAGAUAGACUACUUGAAGGACAAGAUAAAGCCUUCUUUUGUGAAAGAGCGUAGGGCAAUGAAGAGGGAAUAUGAAGAAUUCAAGGUGAGAAUCAAUGCACUUGUUGCCAAAGCACAAAAGAUGCCUGAAGAAGGUUGGACAAUGCAAGAUGGAACCUCUUGGCCUGGAAAUAAUCCUAGGGAUCAUCCGGGAAUGAUCCAGGUGUUCUUAGGGCAUAGUGGGGGCCUUGAUACAGAUGGCAAUGAACUGCCACGGCUAGUUUAUGUUUCUCGAGAGAAGCGUCCCGGUUUUCAGCACCACAAGAAAGCCGGAGCAAUGAAUGCUUUGAUUCGAGUUUCAGCUGUCUUGACCAAUGGAGCAUAUCUCUUGAACGUCGAUUGUGAUCACUACUUCAACAACAGCAAAGCUCUUAAAGAAGCCAUGUGUUUUAUGAUGGAUCCUGCUCUUGGAAGGAAAACUUGCUAUGUACAAUUUCCGCAGCGGUUUGAUGGCAUUGACUUGCACGAUAGAUAUGCUAAUCGCAAUAUUGUAUUCUUUGAUAUCAAUAUGAAAGGACUGGAUGGAAUCCAGGGUCCGGUCUACGUGGGAACUGGUUGUUGUUUCAAUAGACAAGCUCUCUACGGGUAUGAUCCUGUUUUGACUGAGGAAGAUUUGGAACCAAACAUUAUUGUCAAGAGUUGUUGUGGUUCAAGAAAGAAGGGAAGGGGUGGAAACAAGAAAUAUAUCGACAAAAAGAGAGCCGCAAAGAGGACAGAAUCCACCAUUCCCAUCUUCAAUAUGGAGGACAUUGAAGAUGGCGUUGAAGGAUACGAUGAAGAAAAGUCACUUCUUAUGUCUCAGAAGGGCUUAGAAAAGCGAUUUGGUCAAUCUGCAGUUUUUAUUGCUGCGACCUUCAUGGAGCAGGGCGGCAUUCCACCAACAACCAAUCCUGCAACGCUUUUAAAGGAAGCAAUCCAUGUUAUUAGCUGCGGAUAUGAAGACAAAUCUGAAUGGGGCAAAGAGAUUGGAUGGAUCUAUGGCUCCGUGACGGAAGAUAUCUUGACAGGGUUUAAGAUGCAUGCACGUGGAUGGAUUUCGAUCUAUUGUAUGCCUCCUCGUCCAGCAUUUAAGGGGUCUGCUCCCAUUAAUCUUUCCGAUCGAUUAAACCAGGUGCUUCGGUGGGCUCUGGGAUCAGUUGAGAUUCUUCUGAGCAGGCAUUGCCCCAUAUGGUAUGGCUACAGUGGCAGACUUAAGCUUUUGGAAAGGCUGGCAUAUAUUAACACCAUAGUUUAUCCUCUCACCUCCAUCCCUCUUCUUGCUUACUGUACACUUCCUGCUAUUUGCCUUCUUACCAACAAGUUCAUUAUUCCCGAGAUAAGCAACUAUGCCGGUAUCUGGUUCAUUCUCCUUUUCAUUUCCAUCUUCGCAACGGGAAUACUGGAGCUCAGGUGGAGUGGUGUGGGCAUUGAAGAGUGGUGGAGAAACGAGCAGUUCUGGGUCAUUGGCGGCACAUCUGCUCACUUAUUCGCUGUCUUCCAAGGCCUGUUGAAAGUACUUGCUGGCAUCGACACCAACUUCACAGUCACCUCAAAAGCAUCAGACGAAGAUGGAGAUUUUGCAGAGCUUUACGUCUUCAAAUGGACCUCUCUUCUCAUUCCUCCGACCACCGUCCUCAUUUUCAACUUGGUGGGUAUAGUGGCCGGUGUUUCUUAUGCCAUCAACGCCGGGUACCAAUCGUGGGGCCCUCUCUUUGGUAAGUUGUUCUUUGCCAUCUGGGUCAUUGUCCACUUGUAUCCCUUCCUCAAGGGUUUGUUGGGUCGCCAAAAUCGUACUCCAACGAUUGUUAUCGUCUGGUCCAUUCUUCUUGCUUCCGUAUUCUCCUUGCUCUGGGUCCGUAUCGAUCCCUUUAUCAACAACUCCGCAAACACUGCUUCAAAUGGGCAAUGUGGCAUCAAUUGCUAGAGAUAAGGGGUACCUAGUUUUCGUCUCUUUUUCUCGCGAUUGCUCUUUGUAGAUAAGCAAGGAACCAUGGUACCGGAUACUGGACGCCUAAGAUAUACUGCGCUUUUUGCUUUCUUUCUGGUGUAUUGUUUCUUGUCUGUAAUUGUUUCUGCAAAUUUAUUCUGUGUUAACGUAAAUGUUGCAAACGAUAAUUUAUUGAUUCAUUAUCAAGAUUGUAUACGUUUUCAGGCUGCA